AGAGGGGAACUAACCUCCUUCUGGUUGAAAGGAUCAUGUUUUUUCACUUUUCCUUCAAACUUUGCAAAAAAGCAUCUAAUUUCUUAGUAAAACAACACUUUUGAGAUAAGGAACUAUUAUUCUAUUAUGCUAGUUUGCAAAAGCAGCACAGAAUCCUGAACCAUGUCUUCUAUCAAGAUUGAAUGUGUUGUCACUGAGAGGUACCGGAUUGGAGAGUCACCGGUCUGGGACGACAGGGAGGGCGUUCUAGUGUACGUCGAUAUUACAGGAAAGAAGGUCUGUCGCUGGAACCCCAGUUCAAACAAAAUCCAGACUGUAGUUCUAGAAGAACUAGUCGGCUCUGUUGCCCUGCGAAAGUCCGGGGGCUAUGUGAUCGCCACAGGCACUACAUUCUCAGCCCUGAAUUGGCUAGACCUGUCAGUAACCCCCCUUGCUCGAGUUGAUGAAGAUAAGCCUAACAAUCGUUUCAAUGAUGGAAAAGUAGAUCCAGAAGGGAGAUUUUUUGCAGGCACCAUGUCUCAGGAAAUCCGUCCUGCAGUUGUGGAGAGGAACCAGGGCUCAUUAUUCACUUUAUAUGCGGAUCACUCGGUGGUGAAGCACUUUGACAUGGUGGAUAUCUCGAAUGGUUUAGACUGGUCUUUAGAUCACAAAACCAUGUACUACAUUGACAGCCUUUCAUAUACAGUUGAUGCAUUCGAUUAUGAUGUGAAAACAGGAAAAACAUCCAACCGCCGCCAUGUCUACAAGUUGCAGCAGGAUGAAGGGAUUCCUGACGGCAUGUGCAUAGACGCAGAGGGGAAACUUUGGGUUGCUUGCUAUAAUGGAGGAAGGGUGAUCCGUAUUGAUCCUCAGGCUGGGAAGGUGAUCCAGACUGUGAAGCUACCCGUGGAUAAGACAACUUCUUGUGCUUUUGGAGGAAAGGAUUAUUCAGAAAUGUAUGUCACGUCAGCUUGUGAUGGUAUGGAUGAAGAGUGGACUGCCCGGCAGCCCCAGUCUGGGGGAAUCUACAAGAUUACUGGACUUGGUGUAAAAGGGAUAGCAGCAACUCCAUUUGCCGGUUAAACUUUUUAUUGCCAUUUCUCCUGCGAGAAUAAUUUAGAGGCUAAACCCUGAAGUGAAACUAAGACAAUGUUUUACCGUUUGUAUUGCAAUGUGUCACUGAAUUGCUAGAUUAAUAAUCCUUUUUUAGACCAGGAUUAAUCACUAGUGUGUGCAUUUUAUACCAUAAUUUCAUAUGCAUUGGACUGAAAACUAAAGUAUUAAAGGGUCAUCAUUGCAUUUUUCAUAAAUGCCUAGUUUACACUGUUUAAUUUUAUACUGUACUGAAACAGGGUUCUUGUCUGUUUCUUUAUUAUUAUGUGCACAGAUUUGUUAAUGCUGUAUUCCACCUAUGUUAAUACUAUUAAUAAAUAGUAAAUAUGAAGAUAA